AUGUGCCCAACGGACACGCUCACUGACGCGCAGAUGACGCCGUACACCUUUCAGCACUGCACGGGUGACGUGCAGGUCGGCAAGUCCUACGAGGUCCACUACGUGCACUCUUCAGCCGGCACCGACAACGAUGCUUCGGACGGCAUGAAUGCAGACCUCCUCGCGGAUGGUUUGGGAGGUGCCGCAAACGGCCGUGGCCUUCUGAACCCUAUGGUCGUGGUGCAGGGCCAGAUCUACCAGAUCGUGAACGGGGGGCCUACUGUGAACGAUCUGCUGCAUGGCUGGACCGUUGUUGGACAUAACAACUCCGUCAUGUACUCUGGGUCAACCACCGGCCAGUCGCACGACAACUCAGUGUGCUCUCCAUACGUCAUCACUUGGCAUGUGGACAAGGAUUGCCACCAGGUUUCUCCCGAGUCUUUCGACAACCUCUGCAAGCAGAUGAAGGACCUGUACGGGAUGUCGGUUGACCUCGCACCCCACGGCUCUCGCAUUCUGGUGUCUCCGACCUACGUGGUGCAAUCUCAGUACGUUGUGCCCUUGGCCUGA